ACUUAAUUUGGAAGAUUUUUGAGAAAAAUGUGUGCAUUAUGUACAAGCAUUUCUAGAAAUGUAAAAACAUUUAUUACGCUACCCACACAUAACGUUACCAUUCUCUCAUUACCUUCUUUAUCUAGUUUGUGCACAUUCAUUUCUGAUAACUCCCUCUUAUCUUUGUUCAUUCAAUGAUUGCAUGUUUGCUUAAAUACAUUCUAGGAAUUACUGAAAUAACUUACAUAAACUUGAUCAAUUUAAUUGGAACUUUGAACAAAGUUUGAUACUUAAACAGGACAGAUAAGAUCUGAUGGACUCGGAUGGACUAUAAGGAGGUAACAAAGGAUUAAAGUUUUUAAGAGAGAAAUUUGUAAAUAAUAUGUGCCUAUAGGUUCCAUACACUAUGACAGUGGCCCAGUGACAAGUUAAAGGGGUCAUAUUAUGAGAUUUUUUUUAAGAUGUAAACUAAAUCUUUGGUGUCCCCAGAGUGCAUAAUUGAAGUUCUAGCUCAAAAUACCCCACAGAUAAUUAAUUUCAGCAUGUUUAAAUUGCCACUUUGUAGGCCUGAGCAAAAAUGUGCCGUUUUUGGGUGUGUCAUUUAAAAUGCAAAUGAGCGGAUGAAAUGCAAACACAGAUCACAAUGAUGGUGGUUUGUUGCAAUUCCAAUGUUGAUAGAAGCAUGUUAUAGCACUUAAACAUGGAAAAGUCCGAUUUUCACGCUAUGACCCAUUUAAGGUAGCCUACCUUUUUUGCCAAUUUUUUCUGACAGUGUAUGUUUGAUAAGAAAAUAGGCUUUAGCUUGUCAUCCUGAGAAGGUGGCUAAGGAUAUAUUGGGAUUUGUUAUGAUUCUAGUUUACAGAGAAAAUUGUUAGUGGGUUUAAAAAAUUGGCCAAAACAUAUACUGUCCCAGAGACAACCAAAAUUGCAGGAAGUUGUUCUACGAGACAUAAGCAUGCACUCCUUUCUCCAAACUAUAGCCAUAUGUUAGGUACAGAUAGAUCUACAAUCCCCCUAUAUACCCGCCUUUUAAAUCCUCCCCCAGGCUACUCUAAUUGACAUACAGUAGAUAAUCUUUCAAAGGGGAACAGGAGAGACCUCAGUGAAACAGAGAAACAAAAGUUGAGAGAAUGACAGAGAAAGAAAAGAAUCACGAACAAAAAAGCAGGUGAUGCUACGGAAGCAUUGAUCUGAUUGGACCUCUAAAUUAUUUUUACAUGUUUUUUGCAAAGUUUGUGACUAUGGGAUCAUUAGAGCUUGGAUGGCAGAAGAGAGUCAGAACUAGAAGUUGUGGGGAUUUUAACUAUUCCAAUUCUAUCUCUCAGCGCAGACAGUCUGCCCCAUCUCUUACUCUGAGCAAAGCCCUUACAAAGCCUAAACCUGUCUACAGGGAUUGUGUACCUCAGAUCAGCCAGGACCCUCACAAUCUGAUCCAGUCUCUACUCAGCCCUUCUAGGAAACUCAUUUCUCAAGGAAAUGUCCUGCUGCAGACUGGUGUUCAGACCCAGGAGAGAUACCUUUUGCUUUUCACAGAUCUCCUCAUCAUCACAAAGGCAAAGUCUGUUGUGCAGGUGAAGCAGAAAGCAUGUGUGCGUGUGAGUGAGAUGUGGACGGCCAGCUGUGUAGAAGAAGUGUGUGAAGCACAUACUAUUACAGAAAGGAGCUUCGUCAUGGGCUGGCCAACUUACAACUGCGUGGCAACGUUUAGCACUUCAGAAGAGAAAGAGAGAUGGCUUUCUGUCAUUGAAAGUUGCAUAAAAGAAGAGAAACAAUAUGAUGAUCCACAGAUAAUUCCACUGGAGAUAUUUUCAAAAGAUAUUGAAAACUGUGACCACGUAAAGACAAUUUCUGUCAGCAACACAGACUGCACUUCUGAUGUCAUUAGCACAGCACUGAAACAGUUUGGUCUGUCAGGUGUAACAAAAGAUUAUCAGUUGUGGGUAUCUUCGAAAAAAGAUGAAACUCCAUACCCUUUAAUUGGUCAUGAGUUCCCCUACUGCAUUAAGAUGAGCCACAUGCGCUCUCUGCAGCCAGAUGCAGUAACUUCAUCUCACCGACAGGAGGCCCUAUUGCCUAUGGAUUCAUACUGCCAGUUCUUCCUGAGGCCUAGACAAAUAAGCUGCACAAUCACAGGUGAACAGAAGGGGAGGAAGAGGAGGACGUCUCUUAUUAGCUGGGCAUUAAAAAGAGGCUUCAGCAUUGAACAGGAUGUCCAUACAGAAUCGCCUGCCUCCUCUGGCCAAACCAUGACAUCUUCUGGUCAUCUGUUUGGUCAGCCACUCAGUAAUGUGAUAAAGGAUAACACACUCCCAUCACCCAUUGUGGACAUGCUGAUGUGUUUGUGCAGCCAUGGAGCCAUAACACCUGGAAUAUUACGGCGUUCUGCUGGAGUGAAGGCCUGUCGGGAGCUCCGAGAAAAACUGGAUUCUGGUCAUCAUGAAAGACCGCUGAAUGAAGAAUCUGUUUUUGUCACAGCUGCUGUGUUUAAGGAUUUCUUACGUAAUAUACCAGGCAGCUUGAUGUGUGAGGAGCUCUAUGAGCUGUGGCUCAGGGCAAUAGAGCAAGAUGGAGUGAAAGAAAGACGGAUGAUGGAGAUAAAGCAGCUACAGGAAGUUCAGAGGCUUCUUCAGCUCUUGCCUAUGGAGAAUCUGCUGUUGCUAAGACAUGUCAUUGCAAUGCUGCAUCAAAUCCAGCUCAAUGCCGAGCACAACCAGAUGAACUCUUAUAAUCUGGCUGUGUGUAUAGCACCUAGCUGUCUCUGGAAGAGCUGUCUGCAAUCUCAGGAAGAGGAUGCCAAAAAGGUAAGCACACAAAUGCAUGCUUGCUGCAUCUACAAAUAUUUCCAAUAUUACCAAAUUGAAAAUUGCUUUGUAAUUUGUGCACAGGUGUGUGAUCUUGUGCAUUUUUUGAUUGACAACUGCUAUGUAUUGUUUGGGACCGACAUUAUAACCCUAUUAAAGGAUUUAACUGAAGACAGCAGAAGCAACUUUGGAUCAGUUGGGUCUUUACAGCAGAUGUCAGACUCAGGGUAUGACAGUCUUAAGAACGAAGUCAACACUGAAACAGAAGACUUUUUAGGGACCGUCCCUCUUAAAGACAGUCGCAGUAUGGACUCACUCAUUUCAAGUGACUAUGACCUUGAUUGCCCAGAUGAUGAGCCGGAGACAGACUCCACUCACCCAAUGGUACAAAGCAGGAACGUUCAGCACCGAGCCCUUGAGUUGCAGCGAGACUCUGUAACUGGACACGCUUUUGAGCAUGAAGAACAUUUAACCAGAGGAAAAUGUGAGAAGGUUGAGAUACCUGCAGGUGAAUUGAACGAAAAUGUGCUGGAACGAAGAUUUCAACAACUGAAGCUCGCAUCUGGAAGAGAUAAAGCCGGUCAGCAAACUCCACCUUCCGUGUUUCGUCACAACACAAGCGAUUAUUUAAAAUCCUCCCUCAAGAUUUUCCAUUCUCCUCAAAAAUUUUCACCGAAAUCGUAUUGGCUUCGCCGGAAAAGUGCAGACAACCAAUAUCCAAUCACUGAUGGCACUCAUUUCGAAGGGGAUUUACACAAUAAAACAUCUCUUUCCAAAACCAGAAGUCCUCCUUCUUAUCAGGUUGACUUAACAAGCCUAAACCGAGAAGUCCCACAGAUUCUCACACAAGUAAGAUCGACAGGGCAACCAUGUAAGGAAAUAAACCUGUUGUACAAGGGGCCUGGGAACAGCCCUUCAGAAGACCACCAGAUGUUCCAUACUCCUCAAAACUUCAAACAUACAUGCAUUAAUAGUGAAACAGGUGCUGGACAUGACUCUACCUGUAUAAAAUUCAUGGCAAAAGAAAAGGCCACACUACCAGAGAGUAUGUUUUAUGGACAGAGCCGUAAGUUGACAGUGCACAGGUUCAGGGAAGAGAAUCCACCCAUAAUAAAUGCAGACUGUAAGGCUGAUAGCCUCUCUGGGAAGAAGCGGACGUUUAAAGGCUCUGAUGCUUUAAAUCUGAAAAGCGAGAAGGUGACUGAGAUCCAAUCUGUUGGGAGAAGGCAUAGGCUCAGACGUUGCAGUAGCAGCCAGUGGGUUGGUGAGGUGGCGUUUCAUUCUGAGGAGUCUUAUGUCUAAAACUGCACACACACGCAUGCUAAUCAAAUGAAAUCCCUCUUUCAGAUGUUUUUAGAAUUGUUACCGGCUACAAAAUGACAAUUACAUGUAAUACCUUUACACUACAACCAAUUAUUAGAUCAUGAGAAAUUAUGUUUGGGAAUCAACAUUUUUAUAUUUUAAAGUUAAAGCUACUUUACUGUCCAGAAAAACUUUUUUUGAUAAGCUUGUAUUUGUGGCCAUUUUAAUGUAUAUUUUG